UGUUUGGUUUUAUAAAUGGGUCUUAUUAACAGACUCCAGCAAGCAAUGAUAAUUGUUCUUAAUGAGUUGAUUUCUGUCCUUUCAGCAUUGGAACGGAUCUUGGCUAAAAUGCUCCCUACGUUGCUUUUUCGGUUUUUCUUCAGCAACAGUAAUGAAUAUUAUCAAGUGAAGUAUUUCCUUGGAGCUAUUGUUGGAUUAUGCAUCGGAAGCGCACUUUACUUUUUGCUGGUUCAUCCAUUAACCACCUUAAAUGACCAGAUAAAAAUCUGCAUGUUUAUUGUUAAUAAUGCUAUAUUUUCCUUUGGAUGGGCAAUGUCCACUAAUUUCCGCUGCUCGACAUUGAUGAUAUUCCUGCUUAUCCUGUGCCAAAGGACAGGUGCCCUAACAACUACAGUUGCUAUCAAAGCAAUCACUGAUGGCCCUGUUCCUAAUAUGAUGAAAAAUAUAGAACUACUUGUAAUGAGCUUUGAGUGUACAGGAGAGAUGACCCUUAACCACACAAAGAUGAUGUACACAUCAAUGAUGGAACCUGUAAAGAGGAUAUUUGGUCAAUUGACGAAACGGUCAUCGAAUUUGACAAAGGACACCAAGGAAAUAACUGAUGAUUUCCGUGAGGUAGAAGAAGAAGUUGAAAGCACUGAGGGAUACGACAAUGUGAGAGAGAAAGAACUGAUAACAGAAGAAAUCGAGAGAAACAAAACGUUACUAAUGAAUACUCAGAAGAAAUUUAGCAUGAAGACUUUCCUGCGCUGUGAAUAUCUCUUCGAAAUGGGCAUAGGGAAGUGCCAUGAAUGGUUUGAUCAGAAAUAUGAUGAAUGCAUGGAGACAAUAUGGUUACCUGUUCUCAAUCAUGCAUUGUGCUGGCCAAUGAAAUUGAAAUUUGUCUGCGGCGCUUUAAAUUGGUUCCUGCCAUUGUGCAAGAAGCACAUCCGCAUCGACCCUUUGUUUGGAGAACUCUAUGAUAAUAUCAGUGGGGCCAUUGACACAUUCAAGCAAAAUGUCACCAUAGAUGUUCAAAUUACGGUCAGAAACAAAACCAUAUUUGAUACGACACUGAAGAAAGUCAAACAAAAUGUGUCCGAAACCGUUGAAGAGAGCGAAUCAGUUUCACAGAAAGCUAUGAAGGCUAUAAAAAUAGUUUUGUCUCUACUCUUCCUCCAAUACAUCAGUUCAGCUUUUGGCUAUGUUAAGAAUUACAAUUCAAACCUUCGCCACGACAAUGUGUACAUAACAACGUACUUCAAACAAAUCGACGCUCGUAGGAGGAAGCAGGGAAAGAGGCACCUGCUACCGCUUAAAAAAGGGGAACGUGCAGAUUUAAUUUACCCAAUAAACUUUGCCCUCCAUGGACCAGAGGUGAAAGCAUUGACAAGCGCUAUGAUAAAGUGCAUCCCGCUGAUUGUUAUUUGCCUGCUUUUACUUGGACUGGAUUUGGGUGUCCAAAAUAUCAUGGACAUUACUAUCAAGCAUUCCAAUAUUAGCUACAACUUUGGCUUUAAACACAAUCUAGAAGUGAUUGUUGGUGGCACCGGAUUCCUGGCAAGAUUUCUCCGGAACACAAUCGGAAAUAUCAAUACGUCCUCUAAUGCGCUUCAUGUGACCAAUAAUACUGUUUGUCUGGCGCAACCGAUUCAUCUGACGUCCCAGCAAUAUAUCGGCACUUGUUUACUACUGACCAUCACGCUGAUCCUUCCUUUUGUCCAGAUAUACAUGAGCCGACUGCGCAGAGUCCUGGCUGCUUACUUUUACCCUAAGACGGAGAAAAGGCGAAUUCUCCAUCUCUAUAAUGAGCUACUGAGGUACAGGGACUUGUAUUUAAAUAUAAAGAGGAAGAACUUAAUGAUCACUGCCAACCGCCACAGAAACUUUAUGAUGUCUAUACCUGGUAUGCUAUUCCGACAAAUGAAAUGGCUGAGAGUAAUUAUAAAGCGACGCUGUUUGGUUUGUAAUGCCAAAGAAACCAAGACUUCCUAUAUUUGCAAGACAUCAAACUGUGACACAGCCUACUGCCUCGACUGCUGGAAGGAGAUAAAGAAAUGCUGCUUUGUUUGCUUACCAGAUGAUUUGAUUGAAAAUUACUUCUGUGAAGACUAAUACUACAGUGAUGGCGGCCCCUCCCCUUUUUUUAAUAUAUUUUGUAUAAUAUACUUUUGUAAUAUAUUUUUAUAAAAUAUUUUAAACAUAUUUUAUAUAAUCAGUAUUUAAUAAACUUUUCUAAAUA